UUCUUUCCGACCUCCAUCUCAUCUCCUUGGGCACGCCUCUAUUCUCAACAGUCUAAUGGCCACGGCCAGGUGCUGAUUUUUACUUCUGCAAUUCUGAUCUUCCCGUUGUCAACGUCGUGCAUUUUUUUUCUUGAUGCUGACCGGUUUUUUACAGGGUGCCCGUAGCUAUAAACAUAGCUAGCGUUCUCUUCUUUCGUACUUGUCUCAUCGUCACACCUCAUGAAUACAUUGCCGUCAGGAUCAUAGUCAUCUGUAGUUCGGCACUGUCCUCUCCCCAAUGCCAGCUAUACGCAAAUUCAGCCGCGGGCGAGCACGCUUCAACCCUCUGGAGGCGGCCAAAGUUGCAUCAAAGCCUGAAUCCUCGCAGCCGGCUUCACAGGCUGUUCCAUCCGAUGGUCAUCAGCCUCCAGCUACAUCAGAGCGGACGACAAUGACGACUCCAGCUCUCCUACGCCGGAGCUGGAACUUCGUUCGAGGCCGUCGCACCGAAGAGUUUGUUCAGCGUGGUCUCGACGUCUCCAAUUUGCUGCACAGUAUCGGGAGUGCGAUGAACUACGAGAUGAUAACUAUCGCUGCUGCAAGUGCGGGGCAAUUGUUCGAUAUCGUUAAUUCGGUGCAAUCAAAUCGUGAUCAAUGCCUACAACUGCUGGAGCGGGUGCACCAAAUUGUGAACACACUGGUCAAUAUAUGCGGAGAUGCUCAGAAGCACAGUGUGGUGAUGAAUCCUUUGAUGGAGACGGCAGUAGACCAAUUUAUUCAAACGCUGACGACUCUGCACGGUAUCCUGCUUUCGCUGUCCUCCGUAUCCUUGUUCGGCCGGAUAUUGAAGCAUCUGGAAACCCGAUCGCAACUCACAGAUUGCGAUGAGGCACUACGGCAGGCCCUAGAUGUUUUCAAUGUUCAGUCCGAUCUCAUCACUCAUUCUAUGCUUGGAAGCGCCCGGACUGCAGCGAAAACCCGACACGAAGAGUUGCUACGAGUGCUGAAACCAGAACCUGCUGUCUUCAAACCACCGCGAUGAGAACACUAGGCAAAUUUCCAUGAGAUUUUCCUUGGAUCGUAUCUUCUGGUUCGAGCCUGACGCUUCAAAUAUCAGCAUCUGUAGAGAGAUCCGCUUUCAGCACGAGACCGGCAAUAUCUGCGGGAUGCGGACUUAUCUUUGAGAUGUACAAUCUAAACGUCUUUGGGCAGAAAUGUCAUCUCAAGAGGACUCCACAACCAGAUCUCAAAUAUGUUCAGCCACUUGAAACAGGAGUUCUUGUUUUACGUUUAAACAGGCGGAAUUCAGAUACAGAAUAGCGUAGAAAUUUUACAGUGUAGAAGCUAAUGAAAGUCCAAAGGAUAGGAAUCUCGGAAAGAACAUCUUGGUUCGUUCUUGGACGACCGUCAGGAUCGACACGGAGAUGUGUCGAAUCUCGGAUCUGAUCAUAUUGGACCAGGGUGAGCAACUAGGUGCCCUGCAAAGCAGAAAGCUUGAUCUGGAUGCAGCAUUACGGAGCAUAUUACCAGCAGCAAGUGGAUGGGCCGAAGUGAUGAUUCGAUCUCGGUCUAGCCACCGCCUCGACCGCCACCACCGCCGGUGACGACGAGCCCUCGGCCGCGAGGUCCGCCACGACCACGAUUGCUUGCAUCCGGUCGGCCACCGCGCAAACCGGCCGGAACCUGAAUCAUGCCAGCCACGGGCCCAUCUCCGACAUUGAUCUGGUUGAUA